CACUAAUAUUGCACCGAGCUACUUAUGUGAAAGGCGAAUGUCACUUUCUCUGGGGCACAGCCAAGCGACACUGGAUCACACAGCUACCAAUCAAUCUCCAUCGUCAGAAAACGACAUUGGAAGGGGAAAUUCUGCAUGUACUUAGGUUCGGCCUGCGGCUCGGCGAAAAAAACUGUCUACCGCGCACAGCACCACGACAUCGUAGUUGCCGCUAGUGAAUCUGAUUCUUACAUUCGUGUAUGAACCAGACAACACCCUGGCACCCUCGGCUAAGCCCCUAGCCAGGAGGUAUAUAUAUGGCGGCAUGUAUGUCUGCUUUCCAGGACACGAUCGCGAUGUCUCUUCUAAUUCCACCCCUUCAUGAAAGCACUCAGUAUGCUAUGCCCCACAGAUUCAAAGUUGGCGCAAAAAAAACCAAGCCCCUUGUGCUGCCGGCUCAACUUAUGGGACAUCUCAAACUUCUAAAUGCGUUCUUUGCGAUGAGGCAAAGGGUAGAAGAAGGAGACGUCCACUUUCCAGAUCUUGCGAGGCAAAUGAGUCCAGAGAAACGCUGGGCAUGGUUUGUGACAUUGGCUGUCGAACGUUUCGAACGCUGGUGUGGGGCCUAUAACACCUAUGAACGUCAAAUCAUAUCACCUUCCACCAGUCGAUGUUAUCAUGGUUUGGCACGCUUAUCUUCUGAACCCUGGUUGGUAUGCCGAAGAUACACAUCGCAUCCCACAAUUGAUGAAACUUUCUGUCCUUUAAUGUAUAUAUGGCAAUGGAUAUCUCAACCGUGGACAUAUUGGUAUCAAAUGAUCCUGUUCUACAGCGCACCAGCUACUGGGAGACGAGCACAUCGACACCGUAUGAUCCUUUCGACUCUGCCCAGGCCCUCACCCACAGAACGGUCGUGUGCCCUGGGUGUUCGGUGCCUCUCUCUGCCCCCUUUCUCGAUGAAAGUGGGAGUGGCUACGCACAAAUGAAUUUCAAAUUGGCCUGUACCUGCGGACACUCGAUUACCAAAGACACUCUUGGCAUUUACAAGUUUGCCAGGAAUCUCCUCAGUUCUUCACCAAGAGAAAAUUCUUCGCGUAAACUUGAUUUAUUUGUUCCAGAUUCCUCGCAGCUAACAUCUACAUGAUACA